AGAUUUGUAUGUUAUGCUUUAUGCUUGUAAAUCUACUGCAAUAUUCUGUUUUACUUCUGUGGUUAAAGUGAAGCAUUUUAAAGCUAGUUUCAUUUAAGGUUACUUAAACUGUGCUCCAAGAAAAAAAACACAGUUAACAGAAAUUGGUCCAAAUGGAUCCGAACCCAAUCAUUGGUGUUUGUCAACUGUCUGUAGGUAGUGAUAUUGAAAAAAACUUACAACAAGCCAAAGACUUAGUGAAGGAAUGUAAAGAGCUUGGAGCUGUGUUUGUAUUCCUUCCAGAGGCUUGUGAUUAUUUAUGUGAAGACCAGAAAGAAUCUAUUAAUAUGGCUCAUACACUCACAUCUAAAAUAUGCAUAGAGUAUUGCAAGCUUGCAGCGGAGCUAUCAGUGUGGAUUUCACUUGGUGGAAUUCAUAGGAAAUGUGAAGGAGAUCCUGAAAAUAAAAUCCGAAAUUCCCACAUUGUUAUCAAUGACGUCGGUGAAGUUAUAAACGUGUAUGAUAAAUGUCAUUUAUUCAAUGUAGAUAUCCCGAACCAGGUUAAACUGCAGAAAACAGACUUUGUGCUGCCAGGAGAACAUAUAGGUAAACCUAUAGAGACCCCUAUAGGGAAUAUUGGAGCAUUAGUUUGUUAUGAUAUAAGAUUUCCACAAAUUUCAACUGAAUUGCGCAAACGUGGGGCUGAAAUAUUAACUUACCCAUCUGCCUUUACUGUCCCAACUGGUUCAGCACAUUGGGAAGUCUUAUUGCGUGCACGAGCCAUUGAAAACCAAUGUUAUGUCAUUGCUGCAGCCCAAACAGGCACCCACAACUCUACCCGUAAAUCCUAUGGCCACAGUAUGGUAGUUGAUCCUUGGGGUACUGUGGUGGCUUGUGCUGCUGACAAAGUUGGGGCAAUAACAGCAAAACUUGACUUGAAUCAUCUUCGUAAAUUAAGGAAAGAAAUGCCAGUAUUUCAGCAUACCCGGAACGAUUUGUAUUAAAACAUGAUAAAUAAGGAAAUUUUAUCAUUUUAUCAAUAUUAAGCUUCCCUUUGUGCAACUAUUUUAUUCCGUAUUUUUUAAACUUUUACAAAUUUCCAAAAAUUUGUAAAAGCUUUGGCAUGUGUUGUAUUAAACUAUAAAAACUUGUUUUAUAAUUUAGUUGUCUGGUGAGGCCUAAAGUUAAACCAUAUCUAAUAUUUAAAACCAUUUAAUUGUUUUUUAAUGAUGUUAUUCCUAUGCAAUAUAACUGAUUACAAAUGUGCUAAUUAAUUAUAUAAAUAAUUUCCCA